CACAAUCUUUGUUUGCCUGCCUACCCAAGGUCCCCCCACCGAAGAAUCACCAAAAGAAAAGAAAAAAAAAGAGAGAGAGAGCAAGCAACAACCAAAAAGCUCCCAACCCGUUUCCGUUCGUUGACGACUUGUCGUUGUUGUUGUGGUUGGCUUGAGGAGAGGCUGUUUGGGAGAAGCGUACGAAACGCCGUACCGUUGCCGGACGCUAGACCACGCCAACUUUAACGCCGUCAGAAACGAAAAGAGUUACGGGAGGGGGCGGUGACCGAACACCCAAAAAAACAAACACCCCUAACUCUCUACAUCCCUCACCUCACCUACCCGCAAAAUACACACGUCAGCCUUGUUAGCAUGUCGUCGUCAAGCAAGUUCCGCAGCUCACACCACUAUCAUUCGCAGUCGGUGUCGUCCAUCCUAGGCAGGCACGAUAGCACCAGCCCCGGCGCAGAACUCCAACGACGACCGACCACCACCUCGUCCUACACAUCCUCUGGUAGUGCCAGCCGACGAGUACCACGCGACAACGGGACGAGAUCGAGCGAUGGGACAGUGAGUACCAUGAUGAGCACCACAUCGUCGACCGGAAGAGAAUCAGCAGCAACAACGGCCAUGACCGAGGGCCCAGCCUACUCCAAGAAGGUGGUGGUCGUGGGCGAUGGCGGUUGCGGAAAGACAUGUCUCCUGAUUAGUUAUAGUCAGGGAUACUUCCCAGAGAAAUAUGUCCCAACCGUCUUCGAGAACUACAUCACCUACCCAACGCACCCACCGACCGGUAAGACCGUCGAGCUCGCCCUGUGGGAUACCGCCGGCCAAGAGGAAUACGACCGCUUGCGACCGCUUUCAUACCCAGAAACCGACCUUAUUUUUGUCUGCUUCGCCAUUGACUGCCCCAACUCCCUCGAGAAUGUCAUGGACAAGUGGUACCCCGAAGUCCUCCACUUCUGUCCGUAUACACCCCUUAUCCUCGUCGGCCUCAAGUCCGACCUCCGCAACAAGAAGACGUGCAUCGACAUGCUCAAGACACAAGGUCUCACCCCCGUCACCACCGAACAAGGACUUGCCGUCGCCAAGAAGAUGGGCGCUCAGUACAUGGAGUGCUCAUCAAAGGAGAUGAAGGGUGUAGAGGAGAUUUUCGAGCAGGCCAUCCUCACAGUAGUCGCCAACGACAGGAAAACACUGGAACAGGAAGCCGCGAACGGCAUGCUGGGUGUUGGCGCGGGCUCGGGAAGCGGAAAGGGCAGCGGAAUCUCGUUCAGCAGUGGUGACAAGGCCGGUUCCGGGAUAGGGCCCGUCAAGGCGGCCGGUGUGGGUGGCACGAUUGUCCCGAAAACGAGGAAGAAGAAGAGAAAGUGUGGUAUGAUGUGAGGAAACCAAGGGAAGGAAA